GCGUAUAACUAGUCUAAUACGCGCUUAAACACGUUUAUAACACAUCCCUGACCCAAUCUGGCAGCAAUGAGUAAAGCAGAGCUAAAACGCCCGCACUAAAACGCACUUCAAACACACUAAACGAAGAGGCUUCUACAGCCGUUCCGGCACGCUCAGGGUUAAGCUGGGGGAGCUCGUGACUGUGUAGAGCUCUACUGCAGCAGAGCGGGCAGCCAAUGGCGUUGAGGCAGCUCCACUGAGCGACCACGGCGGAAUUUAUCGCAACAAAUCGCCGCGGGAGAGCAAAUAACGUUUCAUCUGAUUUUAGGCGACGGAUUUCAUCCCGUAAUGGGCCACUCUAGCAGGCAAAUGCGGAGAAAAAGGUUGACUGGAGGUGUGUAUCCCUGAUUACAACUUGCCACUUACACAUAUGGACAUAGUCUGUUGAACCAGCCAACGUUGGAUACCAAUGAGUAAUGACAGUACUUAAUCAGCAAAGACAUUUUGGCUCUUGGAUUUAUCUUAAAUAUGAAGUCAACAGGCUUGCAGCAAAACUUCAUCUGGUUUGUGGAAAAUAAAACCAAAGAGACGCUCAGUAGGCGUCUCUGUUGUGAGAAAUGCCGCUUCUCAACCAAGGACAUUGAACUGUUUGAAAGGCAUGUGGCUCAUCAUGAGGAGGUGACCUUCUCUUGUACCCUGUGCAGCCAUGUCUCGUACUCCAGAGUGGAGUCCCAACGGCACAUUGUCACACACAAAGGAUCAUAUCCCUAUAAGUGUAACUGGUGCUCCUAUGGAGCAGUCAGGAGGGACUAUAUGGUAAAGCACAUUCAGAGAAUACAUGGGAAACCUGCAGAUGGAAGUUUUACCACUGACUGUACUCUACCCAAUGCAAAAAUUGAACAUCUAUCUCAACAACAAAUUACUGAUCUGUGCCCUGACACUUCAAGAACAUCAAGUGAACCUAUACAAAAUGUAAAAUUGGUCAGUCAUUCAGCUGGGAAUGUGUUCAGUCUACUCCCCAGUGUAAGUCAGCCUAGACCCAACGCACCAUAUCUUGUUCAUCUCAGACCUGUGCCCCAAACAACCAGUAACCAGACCCAUUUGAUCUGCAGUACAACAGCUCAGUCAGUUACCAGCACAACAUGCAUCCUUCCUGUUUCCAAGACAGUCAGUACACCCUAUAGUUUGCCCAGCACAAGUCAUCUUGUGAAUAAAGUUCCUCAAAGUGUCAGCAAUCCACCCAAUGUUAAAGUGAAUGAAAUAGAUCAUAGACUUCCUGGAAAAACAUCCUUGGGAAAGGCCAGUUCUCCAAGUGCACCUCCCAGAGUUCAUGUUAGUGUCCCAGCAGAUCGGGCAGUUCCACAAAAAACGCUGUUUCAGAGUCAAGUGGGAGCUGCUAAUGAGAAGACAGUCAUUCAGUCAAGGACCGUUUCAAAUAAUCAAGUUGUUUGUAUCUCUGCUGAUCAUACCAUUCAGCAAAAUCCACUGCUUCAGACUCAAGAGGGAACCGUUACAGAGAAGACAGUCAUUCAAUCAAAAUCAGUUUCUAAAAAUCAGAUUGCUUUCACUGUUGGAACCAACACCCACCUUAAGACACUUCUCAGCAACCCUUUGGAAUCAUUUGGGCAAAGGGCUGUGGAGGCCCAAAAUGUGCCGACAACCCUACCUGCACAGAGACCAGUUCAUACGGGAGUUAUACGAAAUAUUCCACUGGCACAUGCUGUACAAAGGUCUCUUCCAUCAGGGACACAUCCCAACUCACCAGUUGAGCAGUUUGGACAGGGAGCACCAUCCUUCACACUUGGCACUCAGUGUCUUGAUAAGACUAAUCGACGAAAAACACGUCCCAAUAUCCUUGCGAAGCGACCUGCAGAGAAGCUUGAACCAAGUGCACAGUCCUGUGUCCAAGUGGAAUUGCUGGCACCUUUAAACCAGCCGAUUGAACACAACAGACCUUUGACAGUGUCAUGUCCUGAAGAGAUUACCAUCCCUGCUGGCUGCCUUGUUGAGUUGGUGGAGGUGAAAAAUGUCAAUGGGACUCGAGAAUUGGAGCUUCGGCUAGUCCCACAGCAGCCCACUGGACCUCAUCCAGGAAGUUCAAGGACCACCAGUGCAGAUAGUACAGCAAACAGACUGUCCUUUAAAUGUAAGGUUGCCACAGGUGUUAACGGACCAACGAUCCAUAGCACCAGCAACUUGCAGACAAAUGCCAUUCCUGAGUCUCAGGUCAAAGGAUCCCAUCUAAAGAAGCAUUCUACGGAUGUCAAAGUAGGUGUGAAAGAUGAACCUGAGGUAAAAGUGCUAUGGUCCAAGAUCAGUGUUACAGAGACCCCAGGAUCUUUAAGUGGAGGAUACUAUAAUGUACCAAGGGCAGUUGCUCGGCCUUUAGAAUCACAUCAACCAUCUACUGGACGCAAAAAUUUUGGAAAAGCUACAAAACCAGUUACUCCAGUGCACCAGAUGCAUUGCAGAGGAAGUGCCACAUCCCAAAGUACAAACAGUGUGAAUGUUACCGUUGAAGGUCCUUUGAGUAAACACCGUGCUACACGAGACUCAGUAAACAAACCUGAGGAUGUGGAAUCUAGUUAUCAAGGCCUUCCUGUGAUUUCAUCAGUUUUUUCACUGUGCCAUAGUCCUGAAGCAACUCUGAAUGGCAUUCACACCAGAGUAGGCAUUUUAGAUGAACAUAUGGUAGCGGUUCAGACAUCAGGUUUAGGGUCACAAAAAAAUGUGGGAAAUGUCUCAACAGUAUGUAAAACUGACAUGAAAACGGAGGAAGAAACUAGCUUAACGACAGAAAACAAUCCAAAAUCUAGCCUGAAACUGAAAAAGGACUGUCUCUUAGAAGACACCAAAGUGCCAGAUGCAGAAGUACCUGAAAAGAGAAACGAUGUUGAGAAGAGUGCCGCAACAUUUCCAGAUGAUCCAGAGGACAAGAUUAUGUCAGAAAUGUGUAGUUCUUCAACAGAUGCUCCACAGACAAAUGCAGAUCAAUCACAGGAAGUGAAUAUUUCACCAUUGAAUUGGAACCAAUUUUCCCCUCAAUGUGAGGAAAGGGAGAAAGCAUCCAUGUCAGAGAGUAAUGUACUUGUACAGAGGGAAGGUCACCCUGCUUUGCCAAUGAAUCCUACAGUAGCUUUGGCCAGGAUUCCAAGUUUGGAUUUCUAUUCACUUGUAGAAUCUGCAAAGAAGGUUUCAAGGAGAGCAACUGGAGAAGAAAGCGUAACAGCUAGACCUGUUCUUUGCUGUACAUCGAACCAGCAAAAUGUGCAUGAGAGAGCCAUUAAGCUAGUUUUAAAGAGGAAACGCUCUGAAAGUGAAAACAGGGAUUCAGGUCAAGUACCACAGCCUGUACUGGCACAGUUUGCUGUACAGUCUCCGUACAAAAAACAUAAAAAAGAAAAAAAAAGUGGCAAGAAACAUAAAUCUUCUAAGGUCAUGUUGGGUCUUCAUAAGAUCUUUGUGAAAGGUAAAAUAGGAAAACUGUGGUUAACCCCGUUAAAAGAAGAUCAGCUAGUCAAACUUCCAGCACCAAACCAACCUGUGGUGGUUCUGAACCUUCCAAACUCCCUACUUCAGAUGGUCGGUCAAGAUGUUCAGACUCAAAAGAAUUGUGAGUUGAUUUCUCCAUCCCAUAGCCCCCAUACCCAGACUGAAGAGGCCACUCCUGCUGAACUUGUGACGCAGUGUCCCUCAUUCAAAAUGAAAUUGAAGAAAGUCCAGGGUCGGAAAUAUGAGGUCACUGAACUUGUUCUUAAAGGUGUCUCUGAAAAAAUGAUCCUGUGAAAAAGUUUGUAAACAACUUUUGUUUUUACAAUAUUUCCUGGAUGUUCACUUGAUGUAUUUUAUGACCUUUCAGUGCACAUACUAGUAUUACUGUCAAACGCUGCUUAAAAGGACAAAAACAGGACUGCUUACUGGAGUAAUUGUCUUUCAACUUUGUAUAUAUUUGUACAUAAAACCUGCGGUACAGUCCCACCCCCCCAAUCUUUUUAUAUAAAAAUGUUUGUUUUAAAGUUUUGCUAGUGUAUACAAGGACUCGUAACUGAAAGUUUUCAAUCAACUUCUUGCGAUAUUCAACUUCUACUUUAGACAUUCCACUACAGCGUAUUUCCACAACAUCAGUGUCACUACAUUUACAAACUCUUUGACCCUUUAUUUGGUGACCUACCUCAUCUCGUUGAACUCUGAGUGCCAUGUAUGAUAUAUAUUUUAAAAUGGUGUAAAUAUUUUACUUCUUCAUUGAGUCAAAGCUAUGAAUAUUAUCAGCCUUGUUUUUGUAAAAUGUGUCAACAUCAAUGUCAGUGAGACCAUCAGUUGGAUGUGAAAGCUUUUGUUUGCAGGAUGGUCUGCAUGACAAAUUCUUACUCCAGUGUUCUGUAUAUGAGCUUGUGGCUAUAGAGAAAGUAUAGGCGAGAUGCAAGAGGGCUGCAAAACAAUGGAAGCAUGUAUAACAGUAAACAGGCUGCUUAUGAAUAAAAGAGUCUUUCAUGAGAGUAGGUGGCUGUUGAAUGUAGGGGUGGGCAGUGUGAUAUUGUUAUUGGGAUAAAUUACAUCACAGUAGUUACAAUGUGCUUUUCUGGGUAUUUCAUGAUUAUUGCCAGUGCUCGAAGAAUAUGGAACAACUAUGUUUCAUUACAAAAAGGGAACAAUUAUUGUAUGUUCCAACCUCUGAAACCUCAGCACAACAAAAUAAAACAUGAUGCACAUCUUGUGUCAUGAAAAUGAAGUUUGGUGAUUAGGGCUAGGUAUUGAAAUUCAGCCAAUUGGUGCUGACUAAAUUAUUUCACAAGUUUUAGUAUGUUUCAGUAGCAGUCGGUGAGCCACUAAGUAUGCUUGUUUGGAAAUCUUCAUCUUUAUGCAUGUUAUUAACAUUAGCACUUCUUGAUUUGCAGACUAAUCCGUUAGUGUCAGUAAAUAACCAGCACACAUUUUCUUUUUUAAGCCACACCUACUUCUGGUUUGUAAUUUAAAUAAAUGCACUUUUUUUUCAGGAAUCUAUAUAGUAGUAUAGGUAUUGCUGGUAUUUCAGAAUAAUAGCCAGCCUUCAUCGUGAUGUCAUCUUGCCCACCUCUAGCAGAACAUAGUAGAAGCUUAUUGGUAUUUAAAUGAAUUAGAAACCCUAUGCAUUUUAGUUUUUGACCAGUUUUCUAUCAUUUUUUUGACCAUGAAGUCAAUGUUUUAACCAUAAAGACAGAGAAGCAAUGUAAACGAACACAAAAUUAGUAGAGCAACAUCAAAAAAAAAAAAAAGUGUUAUCAUCUCAUCAUAGUGGAAGUCAAAAACCAAACCUAAGGCACAUCCAAGCAGUUUUUCUUUUCAAUUUCCAUGUUGAUUUCAUGUUUCUGUGUUUUGCCCAGCCCAUAUAUAUUUAAGGGCAAUACAGUGUUCUGUUCAGUCAUAUAUUUGCUACAUCACUGAUUCCUGUACAAAUGUAUAUACAGUGACACCUGGCACAAGACUUUUGAUAUUGGUGUUCUUUAUAAGACAUUUUGUACCUCGAAGCCCUAAUUGUAUGUAAUGGAGAGGAGAUUAAGGUUCUGAGGGUUAAAUUCAGACAGUGGGUUCAUUACUGAAGUGUUGUUUGGUUCUUUGAGUGCCUUAAAGGAGCAUUUCAUGUCCACAAUUUAACAGAAUUCCUUCUUGUAAAGUAAGUCUAGGUGCAGCAAUUUUCCAGCCUGUCUUCCUUUUGAUGAAUGUCACCUGACUGCUAAUUCAUAAUCCUGUAGCUGUAGGAUAUGGCAGGAAAUAUUGACCAGUCUGUUAUAUCCAUGCUCCACCUACAAAUGUGUUCAUUAUUAGCAACUGUUUGGACUGGUUUUAAAGCAGUACUGGGGGUUCUCACACUACAAUAUCCAGCAUGCUUUGCGCAAAUACAUUCAAAUCACCAUUUGGAAUCUUCCCCACUGGUAUAAAGCAAUCCUGACUAAUAGCGUUACCACUGUAGUAGAAGCUAUAUACUUGGCUACUUAACAUAACAUCAACCAUGUCUGUUUCUUCUGCGUUAGCUGUUAUAUACUAAUGAGUUGUUCUAUUUGCAUUGUGGCUAGUGCCAUGUUACUUUAAUGAAAAGUAUUUAAAAAUAUAUCCUGGAAACAACAAUGUUUUCAUUUACUGGGUGAGGGGAUGUACAACUUGAGGCAACCAUCUGGUGGGCCAACUUUGGGCAGCAUUGUUUUAGAGACUGCAAAUAUACCAUAUCAUGUAAUAAGAAAUUGUAGCAUGCAACUCAUAACGUAAAUUAUUCAGAUUGGACUGCUAUAGGGUUUAUUCAGAGCUGCUAAGUAACCAUAUGUUUUGGUUUUGGUAAGAGUUUUGAUGAGAAUCAACACUCCGCAGGCUGUAAAUGCAAAAAGCUUGAUUACACAACAAAAAAGAAGACAUGCGGUCUGUUGUAGUAGUAACCCCUACUACACGCAUACAAAAUAAAUAUUGUUUAAAAUUAAAAUGCUCUGAAUUUGCGUUUUGCCAAAUGCUCAUUGACUUGUUCUGUAUAACUUCUCAUUAUAUUGAAAGGGAUUUUUGCCAGCACUCUGUGAAGGUUGUCUAGUCUUGUAGCAGUUGCUAUGAAACAGCACAUUUGUAGGUGUAACACAAAUAGGUCAGUUCACAGUUUGGAAGGAACUGCAUGAAUAUGCCAUUGUAUAUAUUCUUUGACAUUCUGUAAAUGCAAAAUGAGGAAAUCAGAGACCCAGGCUGACUAAAAUGUUGACUUAAAAUACUUUAAUGGGAAUUUGUAAAUACAUUGCUUUGUGUUUAAAAAAACAUCACAGUGUAUUUGUGUUAUGUUUUGACUUAAUAAAAUAACUUGAAGUUC